AAAUAAAAUUUAGCCUCUAGCAACCCUGAUUUUUUAUUUUAUUUUUGACAAUACGGUUAUACUUGUUUUAUAAUUAUAAUGCUUGUAAUUUGAAUUAAAAUAUAAAAUUAUAUUUGCGUAUCCAAUUAUAAACAUACGUAAUAUUUAUUGUUAUAGUGCAUUCGUAUUUUGGACUUCACAAUGUUAAGAACAGUGGUUCGUUUGACUCCCACAUUAAUUCUUCCAUUCUUUGAUCGAAAAAAUGAAAAUGAUUAUAAUAUGCUGGAUUUACCUGUACCUGCAGUGCCACAAACUGGAUGGGAGAGAGUAAAGAAAAUGUAUAGAAAAAAUGAAUUUGAUGAAAUUUCCCCUGAAUUACAUACAGUUGCUCAGGCAUCCCUCUGUGGUGCAUUUGUCGGUGCUUGCAUGGGUGGAUUUACUAGUUCCAGACAGGCAUAUGUAUACUUCAUUGAGAACAACCAAGCAACUAUUUUUAAAUCAACUAUGCAAGCUAAGAAAAAGCUGCAAGACUAUGUAACUGUAGCAUUUGCAAAAGGCGCAUACCAUUGGGGAUGGAGAUUAGGUAUCUUCACAGGAAUAUUUAGUUUGGUAGCGACUACAGUAUCGGUAUAUAGAAAUGAUACGUCAGUGCUGGAGUAUGUAAUGGCUGGUGCAAUUUCUGGAGGAUUAUAUAAAGUUAAUCUAGGGUUAGCGGCUACUUUUGUUGGCGCAGGCUUAGGUUCAAUUUUAGGUUUAGUAGCGGGUUCAGUCAUAGCAAUUCUAUUAAAGCUUACUGGCAUCACAAUGGAUGAUAUUCGAAAGUCGUUGCAUAAAAUUAAAGAAGCCAGAGAGGAUCAAUAUAACCAAGCAUUAGAGAAAUCAGCUAAAAUAAAGAAUGACGAUCUGACAAGGUAUCAUCAAGCUCUAAUAGAAGAAAAAGGACCACUGAAAAUAGAAGAAUUAAAUUAGAAAAUAGCAUGUAUAUAAAUAAGUUAAAAUUUGUAAAUAAGAAUAUAUUAAUAUAUGUAAAAA